AGAUGAAGUUGAUGGCAGUGGGAUAUCCUACACUGGGCGGAGGAGGGGCGUUAGGGUCAGUGGGAAAUAUAUGCCGCCACUUGACUGGGAGAGAGUAGUAACAAAACAUACCGCAAGCUCGUCAGGACAUUCCUACCUUCACAGACCAGGCCUCUCAAUUGUCACAGCGGCGCCCCCUGCCACACCAGCCCAGCCCAUGCUGGCUCAGGAGCAAGUGGGAGAUAGAAAGCAGGAAGGAAGCUGUCAAAAGGAAGAAGAAAAGUCCGAAGAAGAAUGGGAAACAGGCAGUGCAAACGAGGAGGCAACGGGUCACCGCAUUAUUGUUUCAAAGACAGGAAUUUCAAAAGACACAAUAGAAGAACUGAAAGCCCUUCUGAAGGAGAGUCCUUUAGUUACCAGUCGGCAGAAAGCAAACGAUAAAUUGAAUUCGCCCCAGAGGUUAGCAACGAAGGACUGGGAUGGGAAAUCCAGAGAGGCAGCUGGUAAACUACCCACUAACUCAAAAGCAUAUCCUGGCAUCCCUGAAGCGCCGAGUGCACCGAGAACAAGUGAGCUGUCCAUCAAAGACAAGCCAUCAAAUCAUGCUGUGGAAACUCCACAGAUCCAGACACAAGAGAAAGCCAACAUCAAACCCUCAGCCUUGAUAUCAUCAGCUUUACAUGGUCGCACUGAUAGCGGACCGGCAUCAAGACAUGACCCAGCCUCGAGUUCAAAUGUUUUUGGAAGCAUCGAAGAAAGUGUUCUGACCACCAGUUCAACUCCUUCACAGAUAGGCUUUACGAUUGAGCAAGUGAAACAGCAGAUCACAAGAGAAGAUAUACGGUUCAUUCGCUUUGAAGCAAGUGAUCUUAAUGGAAUUUCAAGAUCAAAGACAAUACCAGCUCGAUUUUUUCAGGAGAAAGUGCUCCAUGGGGUACCCAUGCCCAGAAGUUACCUGGAGCUGAUUUUGAGCCCAAAGGAAAAUGCAGCAGGUCAUCCCGGUUGCAAUGGUGAAGACAUCCUCUUGAUGCCCGACAUUUCGACCUUCAGGGUGCUCCCGUGGGUGGAGAAGACGGCGAGUGUGAUUUGCGAUUGGUGCUCGGCCACAGGUUGUCCCCUGCCCACUUCCCCCAGGCAGGUGGCCAAGGUGCAGCUGCGCCAUCUUAGCGCCCUUGGCCUCGCCUUGCGUUCCUCCUUCACCUACCAGUUCUGCCUCGACACCUUCGCCCAGGCGUUGAAUACUCCGGCAGCUCUCCCGGCCGCCACCCUCCUCAACAACCACCACCAGAGUUUCGCGCAGGAGUUGAUGGAGGGGAUGUACGGCGCUGGGGUGGACGUGGAGAGCUUCUCCUCAUCGCGGCGGCCUGGGCAAAUGGAGGUGGCGCUGCGAGCCGAGUCGGGGCUGGGCGCGGCGGACAACGCCUUCGCCUUCAGGACGGGGCUGAAGGAGCUGGCAAGGAAACACCAGCACAACGCCAGCUUCUUCUCACCCCUGAGCUACGGCAACCUGGGCACUCUCUCCCACAGCCUGUGGGAGGCGGGCGGCAGGUGUAACCUCUUCGGCCGGGCCGGGGAAGAUGGCGAUGGCGAGGGGCUGUCGGGCGAGGCCAGGGCAUGGCGGGCCGGCCUGCUGCUCCACGCCGCCGCCCUCAGCUGCCUGGCGGCGCCGGGCGACGCCUGCCGCCGGCGGUACAGCACGGGGAAAGGCCAAGGGACCACCCGCGGCUCCGACCACACCAGCUGGGCCUUCAACGGAGAUGGAAGAAGAGGAGCCUGCCUGGAGAACCGGCUGGGCUCGGCGGCCGCCAACCCCUACCUUGUGCUCGCCGCCACCGUGGCGGCCGGGUUGGGCGGGCUGAGGGGCGGGUUGACCGAGGACGGAGCACAGGCGGCGAAGGUCUGCACCAUCCCAGAGCGGCUGGAGGAUGCCCUCGAUGCACUGGAGAGCGACAGCUGCAUCCAGAGGGCACUGGGGGAAGCCUUCACCCAACACUUCAUAGCUGUCAAACGCUACGAACUGGCGACACAGGCACCAGAUGGUGAGGCCGACAAGUACUUGGAGUAUUUCAUCUAGCAAAACAUUUACAAAUGGCAGAGAUUAUUCAUUCCAUGUGCAACAGACCAUUUACAGGAUGUGUCAUAUAAUGUGAAACACAUUGUAUCACAUCCAGAUUGCAGGCUGCAUAUAAAUAUUUCAAAGGUCAGUAAGCCCUCAUUUUUCACGGAUCUCUAUAGAAACAU